AUGUCACGGCGGUACUCGUUUUCCGACGACGGUAACUCGUUUGAGGACCUUGAGACUUCGCUCGAUAAGGCCCUCAACCAUGCGCUGAACAACUUGUUCAGUUAUACCAACACCUCCAAUGGCCAUGGCAACGGAUCCAGGACAAAUUCGCAGGGGUCCGCGGGUGCCAUCCCGCUCGCAACAAUGGCUCUGUAUCCGGGGGAUGGAUCCGGCCACGGUAUGGCCCGCUCAGCGUCAGCCGAACACAACGACUCUUCACCACUCAUAGCCUCCAAUCUCUACGCUAAUCAUAAUAGACUGUUUCUGUCGUCAGCAUCAUCGCUCAACGCCACGGCCCGUUCGUUGCUGAUGCUGCUGAAGCGCUUUCUCCGGAAAGCGCUUGGCUUUUUCCGUCACGCUCAUCGCGAGUUAUCCCUGAACGGCGACAGACUCCGACUCUCUAGUGGAGAUGCUGCUUUAGGCUCCACCUCCUCUUCACAACGGUUUAUCUCGCCCCGAAGUAAGUCCACUACAACCACAUAUCCCUCUAAUGCCAUCUCGAACGCCAAAUACAAUCCCAUCACCUUCAUUCCCAUUAUCUUAUAUGAGCAGUUUAAGUUCUUCUUCAACUUGUACUUCCUCGUCGUAGCUCUCUCACAGAUCAUUCCUCAGUUGCGGAUCGGCUACCUUUCCUCGUAUAUUGUUCCGCUCGGGUUUGUGCUCACAGUGACAAUGAUGAAAGAAGCGGGUGACGAUAUUGCCAGACGUCGUCGUGACCGUGAACAGAACAAUGAACUCUACGAAGUACUCAAUCGCAGCUCUCCUUCGGCUUUAAGCAACGAAAUCAAGUUGAUACCGUCGCGCAAUUUGAAGGUGGGAGACUUAGUCCGACUCCACAAAGAUACGCGGAUUCCUGCUGACAUGGUCUUACUUCAGACUUCCGAUAAAGACGGAUCAGGAGAAGCGUUCAUUAAGACUGACCAGCUAGAUGGAGAAACUGAUUGGAAGCUCCGAAUUGCCAACAGUGCUUCCCAGUCGUUGACAGACAUAAAUCUGCUAAUUAACAACAUCUCGCUUAUCGUAGGAAAUCCCACUAAGUCUAUCCACCAUUUCAACGGAAAGUUGAUUUACCAUCCGCUGCUGGCAGCAGGCUCUACACUGCCUACCUCCAGUAACGAGACCAUAGCAUUAACCGUCGACCAGACAUUAUGGGCCAACACGGUCUUAGCGUCUGGAACAGCAAUAGCAAUCGUAGUGUAUACCGGUGUAGAAACGCGACAGGCCAUGAACACCACCAUGACGGGAGUGAAAACGGGCUUGUUAGAGUUGGAAAUUAACAGUUUGUCCAAGAUUUUGUGUUUCACGGUGUUUUUGUUGUCUGUGGUUUUGGUCUUGGCCAAUGGGUUUCCCUUGAAGUCAACAUGGUACAUUGAUAUCAUGCGAUUCUUGAUUUUAUUCUCUACCAUCAUUCCGGUUUCCUUGAGAGUGAACUUGGAUUUGGCCAAAUCGGUGUACGCCUCUCAGAUCCAAAAAGAUGACGAGAUCCCUAACACCAUUGUCAGAACCUCGACGAUUCCCGAAGAUUUGGGCAGAAUCGAGUACUUGCUUUCUGACAAGACGGGCACUUUGACACAGAACGAUAUGGAACUCAAAAAAUUGCAUUUAGGUGCGGUCAGCUAUGCUGGCGACACCAUGGACAUUGUUACUGAUUAUAUAACUUCAAUGCUAUCUAUUCUAGAUUCCAAGCCUUCCGGAAGUAUGAAGAAACGAGACUUGGGAUCCAAGGUGUGUGACUUGGUCUUAACUUUAGCACUCUGUCACAAUGUGACUCCUUCCUAUGAAGACGAAGAGGAUGAAGCAGCAGGCAUCGUUACGUACCAGGCCGCUUCUCCCGACGAAAUCGCCAUAGUCAAGUUUACCGAGUUGGUAGGCUUGAAAUUAUACAAAAGAGAUAGACACACCAUUUCUUUGAUGCAUUUGGCUACGGGUAAAACUUUUGACUACGAAAUCUUAUACAACUUCCCGUUUAAUUCCGAUACCAAGAGAAUGGGUAUCAUCGUAAAAGAUAGCCAGCGAGAUGAAAUAUGGUUCAUGCAAAAAGGAGCCGACACGGUCAUGACCACAAUUGUUAACUCUAACGAUUGGCUAGAUGAAGAAACUGGUAAUAUGGCCAGAGAAGGACUAAGAACUUUAGUGAUUGGGCGUAAGAGACUCAGUUCGAUCCUCUUCAAGGAUUUUGUCGAGAGUUUCCAAAACGCUUCUUUGGCUAUGCAUGACAGAGAGGCAACUAUGCAAAAAAUUGUCAGUCAAUACUUAGAGCAGGAUCUAGAGCUCUUGGGAUUAACUGGUGUUGAAGAUAAGUUGCAGCGUGAUGUGAAGACUUCCAUUGAGCUCUUGAGAAAUGCUGGGGUCAAGAUCUGGAUGUUGACAGGUGACAAGGUUGAAACUGCCAAGUGUGUUUCGAUCAGUGCCAGGUUGAUUUCCCGGGGCCAGUAUGUUCACCAGAUCACCAAAAUUAACCAUCCGGAUCUUGCUAUGAACCAGUUGGAAUAUUUGAAGACUAACACCAACGCUUGCUUGUUGAUUGAUGGUGAAUCGCUUGCAACGUACAUGAAGUUUUUCAAACACGACUUCUUUGAAAUCGUAGUUAAGUUGCCAGCUGUAAUCGCCUGCAGGUGUUCUCCACAGCAGAAAGCCGACGUUGCCUUGAUGAUUAGAGAAAUCACUGGUAAAAGGGUAUGUUGUAUUGGAGACGGUGGGAACGAUGUCAGUAUGAUUCAAUGUGCGGAUGUGGGUGUGGGUAUUGUAGGAAAGGAAGGAAAGCAGGCAUCAUUAGCAGCAGAUUUCAGUAUCGAUCAGUUCUGUUACUUGCUGAAGUUGCUCUUAUGGCAUGGCAGAAACUCGUACAAGCGUUCGGCAAAGUUGGGACAGUUUAUUAUCCAUCGUGGAUUGUUGAUUUCUGUAGCGCAAGCUGUAUACUCCAUUUCCAGCAAGUUUGAACCUCUAGCCUUGUACCAGGGCUGGUUGAUGGUAGGUUAUUCUACUGUGUAUACCAUGGCUCCUGUUUUCUCGUUGACUUUGGACUGCGAUAUAGAUGAGCAUUUGACAAGGUUGUAUCCCGAGUUGUACAAAGAAUUAACCUUGGGCAAGUCGUUGUCGUACCGAACCUUUUUCAUGUGGGUAGCGAUUUCAUUAUUCCAGGGCAGUGUGAUCCAGCUCUUGUCGCAACAAUUCCAGACUGUCAAGUUGGAGAACUUUAAGACCAUGGUAGCGUUGUCGUUCUCGUCUUUGAUCUACAACGAGUUGAUCAUGGUAGGUUUGUCCAUCAACAAGUGGAACAAGGUAAUGGUUAGUACUAUCAUUAUCACAUUCUUGAUCUACAUAGGCUCGGUUCCCUUCUUGGGCGAAUACUUUGAUUUGGAGUACGUUAGCUCUGUCAGCUACAUCUGGCAAGUGGCUGUGCUCUUGGCCAUCAGUUUGUUCCCUGUCUGGUUGUCUCAGUACAUUAAUAGAAAGUUGAGACCUCCUAGUUACGCCAAGGUUCAAACAGACUAA